GAAGGUUGGCAAUUCCUUCGUGAGCAGCUUUAUAUUUGAGAGUGUCGCCAAUGCUGGCGAGGGAAUUGGUCCGUUUGCUGCAGGAAAUGAUCCGGAUUACUAUCAUACCUACUACGAUGAUCCACAAAGCGACUAUAUGCAAUUCCUCUUUGAUUAUGACAUGCAUCACCAAUUUGAUUACAGCCCGUGGUAUAUUUCUGAUUACAUGGAUGACGUUCGAUUGGAAAUUGAAGCAUGCCAGGCUCAGUUGUUGGCUUUCAUUAAGGCCAAUCCUUAAAAAACCCUGAAAGACCUUCAAUUCCGAAUGAGUUACACCAUUGAAGAUGACGAAGGGAUUCGAACCAUCACCGGCAAUGAGAUUCUCUUCAAUAUUGAGGCUAUGGACUGCAUUCAAUAUUUUGAUACUUCGAACUCCACAAGGCGUCAAAUGUUUCAGGAGUGCAAUUCCCAAAUCGCCGCAGCGUUCGCAGCCAAUCCAAAUCUCAAGCGCCAUCAUUUUAAGUUUCUGGACUCGUUCGCCAUAAAAGAAGGCGACCACAUAAUCCAUGUGCCGUAUGAUGAGGUACUCUUCAACACGUUUAACGUCGACUGUAAGGAUUACUUAGGUUCCUACUAUGGGUACAACGGAUAUUAUUCGUAUUCAGGAGACGAUUGGGGUUCUCCUCCUGAUGGAUAUCAAUAUUCGCCUCCUACGUAUUACGGCUACAAUCCUGACUAUGCCUAUCGAUCUCAAUCCAGUAACACCCUGAGAAAGGACACCGCGGAAAAAAGAGUUCGCAACAAAGCGGCUGCGACGCCUUUCAUGAAAUGUCUGGCCCAACUUAAGAGAAUGUACCAAGCGAAUACUCAGACCGCAGCGAAAGACUUGAUCAACCAAACCGAGUACCGCAUUCGUUCCAAUAGGGCAAAAGGAAAAAUCCAUAUCUUGCCAAAGGAUAGGGUGCUUUUUAACCCAGAGACAAUGACUUGCCCACAACCAGAAGCAACCCAAAAUGAACCCGUCAAGCAGGAAGCUUCGGAUGCUCAUCAGUCGAGGAAACUCCAAGCUUCCGAACCAUAUUUCCCUGAAGAUCAAUUCGAGUUGCCUACAACCACGGCCUCCCGGGUACGUUAAAAUGACAUCGAUGAUUGAUUUUGAAUUCCAAGCACCAUUUUCAAAUGCAUUUUGCCUACUUGGUGUUACAAAACAAAAGACACUCCACACCCUUGAGCGAAUGCCUAAUUGACUUGGACACUUCUUACCUGACUUUCGUAUCCACUUGCUUAGACAUGGGCCCUGGGCCCCAUGAACUGAGACUUGUUGUUCAUCGAGGGGUUCUACCUGAUAUCAAUAAUAUAUAUGGUGAAGGUUACGAUUAUAUCAAUGUCCCAACGUGGGAAAACGCUCGGGUUUCGAUUCACGCGCCCGAUGAAAUCCCUCAAAUGAACGGCGGAUCCAGCUUCGCCCUGAUUCGUGGUCAAGAUCAUAUUGCUCGCGUGGAGCAACAGUCACACAUGCGUAAGUGGGUCAGGCGUGUAUUUUGUUCCAACCAUUUUCAUUACAAUUUUCGCACAACCCAAUUGUGUAGGAGUGAAUCACUCAAGAGCUCAGGUUUUGGGAGUCGACAUUGCGUUUUGGACAGUGACAAAGAAGAGGAUUUAAGGCCGUAUUGGGUUUCAAAAUAUGGUUUGAAACGAUACACGGCGUUGGGAUGUCUAUUGGGUUGUCGGGCGACCAAAGUGUCCGAGAUUUGCAAUCUCCCCUUUCCAUUGUUCCCUCUUUACGAAGGAGUCCGACCAGGACCAGACACGUUGGAAGAUCUCAAGGCAGGACAUUUGUGCCUAAAUGCCAACAGAAGAUAUUGGGCUGAUGAGGGUAACUGUGGGUUAACUAGGAAUUCAGGCGCGAGUCUUCAUCUUGAAAUUUCUCUCGAUGCCUCAGAAACUGAAAUGCUAGCUUUCAUGGGUGAGGAACUCCGAGAAAAAUGUGAAUGCCCACCAGCUUGUCAAGAGACUCAGUAUGACCUAGAAGUGAGGGAAUCGCCGUUGGAUUCACAUAAAGAGGUCUUCAACGAUCUGGAGACGUCAAAUCCCAGGUUCAUGACCUUCGAAAAUCUCCUUCAAGAUGCUCGUUUUAUUCAGAGUGCGAGUCUGAUUAAAAUGAUCAACCAACGUUACGAUCGGUUGAAAGAAGAUCUAGCUAUCAUUCACAUCGCCAUGGAACCGACCAAGAUGGAAAAGCUGAUUCGACGAAAGGUUCUCACUCUCUGGGAAGUCUUGGGUAGGUGACUGCUGCACUUUGCU